AUGCCCCUGCCCCUUUGCUGCCCUGCCGUGCACUCUGUCUCGCGGCGGCCAGAUGUGCCGGCUUUGGUGCUGGCGGCUCUUAAUGAGGUCCAGAUGUGCAGCCUGGCCUGGGCCAGCAGCGGCUGCUACCACAGGAGAGGGAGGCCCUGUGAGGGAGCAGCCAGGCUGCAGCUGGCCGCGGCGGUGCUGGAGGAGGAAUGCUCUGGGAAGGAUUCCCACUGGAAUCACCGCCACCAGGAAGGAUGUCUCCUGGCCCCACCGCCUCCAGGACGGCUGCUGAAAACAUACCAGCCAGGCGGCUCAGCAGAGCAUGCUCAGCCUCCUCUCCUGUCACCUCCCAGUCCUGACAAGGUGAGCCUGUUCUCCAACUCAUCCCAACUCAGCUCUCAGAGGAGGCCAAGGUGCAACUUUCUUUGGCCAUCCAGAAUCUGGGUUCAUCCAACAAUAGCUGCCUACACCAUGCGGCUGAAGUGUGACCCCAACGAGAUCAAAGCCGUAUACCUGAGGUGCACUGUGGGUGAAGUCAGUGCCACGUCUGCACUGGCCCCCAAGAUCGGCCCCCUGGACCUGUCUCCAAAAAAGGCUGGUGAUGACAUUGCCAAGGCAAUGGGUGACUGGAAGGGCCUGAGGAUUAUGGUGAAACUGACCAUUCAGAACAGACAGGCCCAGAUUGAGGUGGUGCCUUCUGCCUCCACCCUGAUCAUCAAAGCCCUCAAGGAACCACCAAGAGACAGACAGAAACAGGAAAAUAUUCAACAUAGUGGGAAUGUCACUUUUGAUGAGAUCAUCAACAUUCCUCGACAGAUGCGGCACCGAUCUUUAGCCAGAGAACUCACUGGAACCAUUAAAGAAAUCCUGGGGACUGCCCAGUCUGCGGGCUGUAAUGUUGAUGGCUGCCACCCUCAUGGCAUCAUAGAUGACAUCAACAGUGGUGCUGUGCAAUGCCCAGUUAGUUAA